AUGGGUCGCUUUGGCGGCAACUCGACCGAUUCGCUGCUGUCAAGACCAGCAUCGACAUUCGCUACCGCUUCCCGAACACCAUGUUCACGAGCCUGCACUACGUCGAUUAAAAAGAGCACGUCCUUGCUGGAGCCCUUGUGGUGGCGCUACCCUGCCGACAAGAGGUCGUUUGCCGUCGAGAACCCGUACUUUGCGCUCAUCGUCGCAACCCGCCACGACGGCAGCACGGCUGGCUCGCUCCACCUUGAUGACUGGACCAGCGUGCGGCAGUCCGCCAUCACCCUGGCGACCUGUUCAUUUGCCAUCUGCACGCUAACUGUCGACGGCGUCUUUUGA